GUUGUUCUGUCCGUAUAUGUACGCAAUAGAUUCCAAGUCCCGUCAUGCAUAAAUAUUCCCAAUUUGUUAAGUCCAAAUUUCCAUCAAAAUCAAACUUACUCCCUCUGAAGAAAAGCACAGUGGAACCUACACUCUCAGGGCUUUCUUAUCCUUGAUUCCUUCCCUCUAAUAUGUCCCCCUGCCUAGCGGCCUUGAUCUCCCGAAAACUGAAAAUCAUCUCAGUGGGUUCGACUUCGAACCCUUUGAUAAUCGGGAAUUAAGGAGGGUUGAUACAAACAUGAUUCGUGAUCUAGUUAUAUAAUUAAACAUGAUCAUCUCGAGUCCUCCAGUGCCCAUCUUCGUAGCAGUUCUUGUGACCCUUCAAGUGGUUAUUGCCAUAGCCCACGCAAUUCCAGCCAAUUGCAGCCGGACGUGUAGCGGGCACGACGGCAGGCCUUCCCCGAGCAUCCAAUACCCUUUCGGGUUCUCCCCGGGCUGCCCGAUCCAGCUAAACUGCACCCCGGAUGGCAACGCCUCCAUCGGCGGGUUCCCUGUCCUGGCGAUCACCAGCGACACCAUAACUGUCACGAUUGUAGCCCAGUGCGAUCGCCCAAUCAGCAUAGUCCAGCGGCUGUACGGGCCCCAUUUCGCCCCGACCUCCAAGAAUGCCAUCCUCCUCAACAACUGCUCUUCCCGAUCCUCCGUGGCCUGCCCACUCCCGUCGGCCAUGGCGAGGACCCACUUUGAAUCCAUCUGCGCUGGUGGGACCAAUAGCUCGAUGAGUUGCUACUCGGAGCAGGGCCGCAACAGCACAGCGGAGUUCAUCGACCUGAAGGGGCUGAGGGGCCUGAAGUGCCAGUACCUUCUAUCAGGAAUCUUGGCAGAGUCGAUCAGUAACGACUCGAUGUCAUUAGACGUUCAGAUGAUCCAGCUCGGCUGGUGGCUCGACGGGGACUGCAAGUGCGAUAAGAAGGCCGCCUGUAGAAACAUAUCGGCCCCGGAUAAGAGGAGGGGUUUCCGGUGCCGAUGCAGGGAUGGGUACGUCGGCGACGGUUUCGCGGACGGAAUAGGCUGUCACAAAGAAUCUUCAGCAUGCAACCCCGCAAAGUAUCUGUCUGGCCAAUGUGGAGGAACUACCAGAGUAAUCGUCCUAAUUGGAGGAUUAGUAGUUGGAGCUUUCAUCAUGAUCAGCCUCGGACUCAUUUGUUGCGUCCUCCGACGCCGUCGCCGAAUGAGAUCUCUGUAUAGCACGAAGCGACGUCUGACAGAAGUGACGGGAGGAUGUACUAUUCCCAUCUAUCCAUACAAAGAGAUAGAGAGGGCCACCAAUCACUUCUCCGAGAAGCAUAGGCUGGGUAAUGGCGCGUACGGGACGGUAUAUGCUGGGAAACUGCACGGCGAGGAGUGGGUCGCAAUCAAGAGAAUCAGGCAUCGUGACAUGGACAGCAUCGAACAGGUCAUGAACGAGAUCAGGCUCCUGUCAUCUGUGAGCCAUCCGCACCUAGUACGCCUCUUAGGCUGCUCCAUCGAGCAAGGGGAGCAGAUCCUCAUGUACGAGUUCAUGCCCAAUGGAACAUUGCGUGAGCAUUUGCAAAGGGAGCGAGGGGACGGGCUUCCCUGGCCUGCUCGCUUAAAGAUCGCGAUGGAAACUGCGCAGGCCAUAGCUCACCUCCAUUCAGCGGAGCCGCCAAUCUACCAUCGGGACAUCAAGUCGAGCAACAUCCUCCUGGACUAUGAUUUCAAGUCCAAGGUGGCCGAUUUCGGCCUCUCCAGGCUUGGGAUGCCCGAGAACUCCCACAUCUCUACCGCCCCUCAGGGCACUCCGGGCUACCUUGACCCCCAGUACCACCAGAACUUCCAUUUGUCAGACAAGAGCGACGUCUACAGUUUCGGGGUGGUCCUUGUUGAGAUCAUAACAUCACUGAAAGUAAUAGACUUCACAAGGCAUCAGGAUGAGGUUAAUCUUGCUGCCCUGGCUAUCGACCGGAUUGCCCGGGGGCUCAUGGAUGAGAUCAUCGACCCCUUGCUGGAGCCUAACAAAGAUGCUUGGACGCUCUCAUCAAUCCGUAAAGUUGCAGAGCUGGCAUUCCGGUGCCUCGCAUUCCAGCAGGACAUGAGGCCCUUGAUGGUGGAAGUCGCAGCAGAAUUGGAUCAGAUCAGGCUUAGUAGAUGGUCACCUUCAGAAGCAGUCAACAAUUGCAGGACAUCGUCCGAGGUAUCUUCUUCCUGCUCAUCUAGCACGAGCAGAAAACCGCUAAGCGGAACCAUGAACAGCACUGAACAACAGAGUAAUGAUAAGGCCACGCCAAAGACUAGAGUCGGCAGUAUAAACUCGGUGGAGAGCAUAGCAGUGACGGAAAAUUCACCUGAUUCUGUUCAUGACUCGUGGUUAAGUGAAGAGAGCUCUCCUUCAUCAAACAGUUUGCUGAACAGCGUGAUACAAUAAUGAAUAGGAAAAUUCUGUAAGAACAUUCUUGUUGAUAUCCCGAGUUUACAAAAUUCAAUUUUGCUUCUCCUUAGUUGAUCAGGUCAUGUGGAAUUGCUCACAAGUUUCUUCUGUCGGCGAAGCAAUUAGAGAAACUCGACAACUUUUACUGAUGUACAUAUUCCUAUGGGUAAAAUGCGAGUAUUUCAAUGGCUA